GAGCUAUAAAUAGAGCAAGAUAGCAACCAGUUAUUCAACUUGGCCAAUUGACUCAUGGAGAAGAAGGUGGGAUUUCCAAAAAUAGCAGUGGCAGUAUUCAUACUGAAGGGAAAUAAAUUGCUGAUGGGCAAACGUCGAGAUUGCGUUGCUCAUUCUUAUUUUUCAGUUCCUAGUGGUCAUCUUGAGUUUGGGGAGAGCUUUGAGGAAUGUGCAGCAAGAGAAGUGAAGGAGGAAACAGGUUUGAACAUCAUGAAGAUAGAAAUACUAAAGGUGACAAACAACCUCUUCUUAGACGAUGAGCCAAAUCUCGCAGCACACUACGUAGUCAUCCUAGUACGCUCUGUAUUGGCUGAUCCAAAUCAAAUUCCCCAAAAUCUUGAGCCACAAAAAUGUGAUGGAUGGGAAUGGUACGACUGGGAAAAUCUUCCAGAGCCUCUUAUUACACAUUUUAGAAAUGCCAUUAAAGAAGGAUUCAACCCUUUUCAAGACAAUUUCAAAGAGUAGUAGUAACCAUCCACGUCUUGCUUUUUGUCUAAUCAAUAAAUACGUCUAAUGACUUGUGAAGACGAUCUCAAUUCAAUGCCUUGUAUGACUACUCUAUAUAUAUAUUUUAAAACUUUUUCUUU